AUGUCCAACGAGCGAUUCGAAAACUACUACAAGGCACAACAAAUCCUGUCUGAAGACGAAUGGGACGCGUUCAUGCAAGCACUGCGUCGACCUUUGCCUUCGACGUUCCGUAUUGCUGCGAGUAGGCAGAUGAAGGAUGUCCUCAGCGAUGCGAUUAAGAAUACGUUCGUCCCGCAGCUUGAGAAGGCCAACUUAAAUGGCGAGCAGUUGCCUGUUCCAAAGCCUAUACCGUGGUAUCCGGAUGGUCUUGCCUGGCAUGUCAACCUUGGUCGUAAGGAGCUCAAGAAGUCUCCUGAAUACAAGAAGUUUCACGAGUUUCUGGUCUAUGAGACGGAGGUGGGGAACAUCUCGCGCCAGGAGGCAGUUAGUAUGAUCCCGCCUCUAUUUCUCGACGUACGUCCACAUCAUGCAGUAAUUGAUUUAUGCGCCGCACCCGGGUCUAAGACAAGUCAGCUCUUGGAGGCUAUGGACCCACCGACUGGGAUUCUAGUUGCGAACGACGCAGAACACAAGCGUGCGCAUUUACUUGUACAUCAAUCUUCGAGAUUGCCUUCUCCAGGACUUAUGGUCACCAACUUGGACGCAUCUGUCUUUCCGACGCUCAAGUAUAAAGACAAGCCGCUUCGGUUUGAUAGGAUCCUUGCUGAUGUACCGUGCUCUGGAGAUGGGACUAUUAGGAAGAACUUGGGUAUUUGGAAGAGUUGGCAGCCUCAGGAGGGGAAUGGUUUGCAUUCACUUCAACUACGAAUAUUGCAACGCGCUAUGAGGAUGCUAAAUUGGCAUGGAGCUCCAGAUGAUAGGCCUCGAAUCGUGUACUCUACAUGUUCUCUUAAUCCUGUUGAAAAUGAGGCUGUCAUUGCCGCUGCUUUGAACAGCAUUCCUGGCUUCGAGUUGGUCGACGUAUCUGACACCCUCCCGAGCUUAAUUCGACGUCCUGGCCUUUCGACUUGGCGACCUGCUGUUGGUCGCGAAGUUGACAUGUCCUACGCGACUUACGAAGAGUACGGUGAUAGCAUCGCCGAAGAAUCCGCUGCUGCAGAGGCUGCUGCUAACGGGGAUGCGGCACCAGAGGACGUUCCUGUCGGCGACGGAAGUAGUGAACCUGUCGAGCAUAGAGGAAAAGGGAGGGAUCGCAGGAGGGAUAAGAAUCAAAAUCGCCCUGUUCGGAAGAAGUUGUUGAAAACGCAUUGGCCGCCUGAGAACGUUGGCGAGCUUAACCUAGAACGAUGUAUGCGAAUUUAUCCUCACCUACAAGACUCUGGCGGGUUCUUCGUUGCGGUGAUUCAACGACGCGAUUCCGCUCUGCGCCCUGCUCCUGAUGCUAAGGCAGAAGGAAAGAGACCUGCUGAGACAUCCGAGGUGGAUGAUAAGAAACACCCUACUGAAGAACCGGCUGCGAAGAAGACGAAACUUGACGUGGCAGAGAAGGAUGAGGGUGAACCUACACCCACCACAGAAGCAGCUGUUGACGGAGAACCUGUUGCCGUGUAUAGCGGUGUCUUCAGAGAAGACCCAUAUACGUUUAUCUCUCCGAACGAUCCGAGCCUCGUAUCUUGCAUAGAACGACUAAAACUAUCAGAUUCCUUCCCCCGCUCAAACAUAUUCGUGCGUAACCCCGAAGGUACACCCCUCCGCGCUCUCUACCUCGUCAACGACGCUGUCAAAUCCGUCAUGACCCAAACAGACUACACGCGUAUCCGGCUUGUCAGUGCGGGUAUUAAGCUCUUUGGGAAAUCGGAAAUUGGGAACUCGAAGGCUCAGCGUGAAAAGGCAGCUGCUGAUGGUGAAGGAGCAGCACAAAUUCAGUUCCGUGUAUUGAACGAAGGGUUGGUCGCGUUAUUGCCGUAUUUGGAUCGAGAAAGCGUCUUGGUUGGUGGGCCGAGUGAGUUUAAGGUGUUGCUUGAGAAGUAUCAUCCGCUUUGUACGGAGUUUGACGAGGAGUUUAGAGCGAGGAUUGAUGGGUGUUCGCCUGGAAGUUAUAUUAUUCGUUUUGCCGCUGGUAAUUAUGGUAAUGCAAGUCUUUCGCAUGAUUUGUAUCUGCCACUUUGGAAGUCGGAGCAAUCUAUUAGCCUUAUGGUUGAGAAGAAAGCUAAAAGUGCGUUGAGUCUUAGGUUCUUCGGCGAGGAUAUCACGUUUGCUGGUGUCCAGAAGGCGAAGCUUCUCGAACAGAAGAAGACAAAUGCUGAAGAUACGGCUGUAGUUGAGGAACCUGAUCCUGAGGCUGAUGCUGAAGGUAGCAUUGUUGGUAUGGAGGAAGAAGUGGAAAGUUGA